UCCGACUGUCAGCUAAGUCGGCGGGCCGCGCCGGCGGGGCGGCGACCACGGCCCGGGCCGGACAUGGCGGCGCUCUACGCCUGCACCAAGUGCCACCAGCGCUUCCCCUUCGAGGCGCUGUCUCAGGGGCAGCAGCUGUGCAAGGAAUGUCGGAUUGCGCACCCUGUUGUGAAGUGUACCUACUGCAGGACUGAGUACCAGCAAGAGAGGACUAGUGAUUUGAAAGCACCUGCUCAUUUCUCCAUAGCUCAGCCCAAACCUUGUCAGUACUGCAACAUAAUUGCAGCAUUUAUUGGCAAUAAAUGCCAGCGCUGCACAAAUUCAGAGAAGAAGUAUGGACCACCAUAUUCUUGUGAACAGUGCAAGCAGCAGUGUGCGUUUGACAGGAAAGACGAUAGAAAGAAGGUAGAUGGGAAAUUGCUGUGCUGGCUAUGCACACUUUCAUACAAACGUGUCCUGCAGAAGACCAAAGAGCAGAGGAAACACCUGAGCAGCUCUUCUCGCAGCAGCCAUCAGGAGAAGGAGCAGUACAGCCGCCUGAGUGGUGGCAGCCACUACAACAGCCAGAAAACACUUUCUACAUCUUCAAUUCAAAAUGAAAUCCCAAAGAAAAAAUCCAAGUUUGAGUCAAUCACAGCUAAUGGAGACAGCUUUUCCCCGGACCUGGCCCUGGACUCACCAGGCACUGACCACUUUGUCAUCAUUGCCCAGCUGAAGGAAGAGGUGGCAACUCUGAAGAAGAUGUUACAUCAGAAGGAUCAAAUGAUCUUAGAGAAGGAAAAGAAGAUUACAGAGUUGAAGGCUGAUUUUCAAUACCAGGAAUCUCAGAUGAGGGCCAAAAUGAACCAAAUGGAGAAAACACACAAAGAAGUCACAGAGCAAUUACAGGCCAAAAACAGAGAGCUCCUGAAGCAGGCAGCUGCCUUGUCUAAGAGCAAGAAGUCUGAAAAGUCAGGCGCUAUAACCUCUCCAUGACAGACCAUCAACAGGCUCCCUAGCAACAGCAGAUGGAGUCGUCCUGGGUUGGAGACCUGGCUGUUCUCUAGAAUCGCAAGCUUUCUUAAGAAAUCUCUAUUUUAUUACAGCUAUCCUUCUUUGUGCGACUGUCAUGGGCUGAAUGGAAACAUCCGAGUUGUGCGCUGUUAAUGACUGCAUGCUUGAGUGUUUGGGGUUUCAAGCUCACUCUCCUCCCUACUCCCACCAUGUCCUUUUCCUCUUCCCUCUGUCGAUCCCUCCAGAUCCCUCUACUCCUCCCUCCCACUUUUUUAUUUUGAUACUAUUUGGUUGGUUGUGUGUGUGUGUGUGUGUGUGUGUGUGUGUGUGUGUGUGGUGGUCACUGCUCAGUGUUUUGUGCAGAGUGAUGUUUUCUGUUCAUCCUUGGGUCCUGCUAUACCGUGGGCAAAUUGUUUGCAUUCAUUGUGUAUCACUGCCACUCUCUGAACUUUAAAAACUGCCACCUUAAGACUUGUUACAAUGAGAGAGGCCUUCUCUCUCAAUAAAGCUUUUGCUUCAGGGUAUCUUUGGGUUUUUUUUUUCCAGGUAUAUUAUGUAUGAACUUUGUACUAUGUAUAGCCAGAGUUUUAUUUAUUUUUUAAAAAAAGAAAUUUUUUCUUGCUAAAGGAAUAAUGGUAGCUGAGCUAGUCCUUGUAAAAGUGAUGUCUCUUGAAAAUAAAGUCCUAUUCUCUAGCUUUUAGUAAAAGAAUCAGAUGGUUUCUUGUUACCUUACAGUCUUAAAACCGAUCACUAAGGUGAAAUAUUUGAUGCAGAAGUUCAGAGCUAAGUGCCUUUUGGAGAGUUUCUCGGAGGAGCAUUUAAGGAGAUGCUUGAGGUGGUUGCAAAGAUUUGAACAGUCUGUCUUUUUAAAGUAAGGGCAGAAAGAAAGGUUGUCCAGGUUCUACUGGACACUUCCCCACCCUUUCCCUACUCCUUUAUGUGAUUGAUUCCAAAUUCUUACACUGCCACUUCUUUGGAAAAAAAAUACCCUUUACUUGCUUUUAUCAGUUAUUAUACUGGGCAUUUGUCAGAAAACAUUUCUUUUUUCAUUAGCAUAUUCAAAACUGGAUAAUAUUUGAACUCUGGAAUAUCGGAGGGUCAGUAUGAGCUGCGUAAGUAUGGCCUGUGAGUCUGAUUGGGAGAAUAUCACUGUACCCUCUUCUCACCUCUUGCUCACUCUGGCCUGUGCACCCUUGCUUUUAAUGGAAGUGUAUGGAAAAUCGGUGCUUCUCAGGAGCAGCACAGCCUCUGCCAGAGCAUAUGUACCCUGUCUUCCCUUAAUGACCCAGUAGGCACAUGGGAAGGAAGAUAGAUUUAUAUUUCUAGCCAUACUCUUCAGGUUCCUCUAUGUGAUGUUUGUGAAGGAAAUUGGAGGUGUGUAGUAUGUGCGAUGAAACAGAACAAAGCCAGUUACCUCUACAUAAAUAUGGUGAGGGAGCAAGGUAGAAUUAAGGGUAAUCAUUAUAAGGACAGUGGACAUUUGUUCUCAGUCUCUCAAAAUUGUAACAGUAAAUUUAACUUGUUAAAAGCAAAGUAUUCUGUAAUUUGUGAUAUGGUUCUGGAAAAAAGAGCCAUGCAUAUAGCUGGACAGAUGAGAAGUGGGUGGCUUCCUUUUCAUCCAAGAUACAAUGGACCAUGUUGCAUUUUUAUCAGUUUGCAUCCCAGCAAGGAAAACAGUGUGAAAUAGUUUUGUAACUUUUUGAACAAGAGACUUGUAGCUAAAGCUAUAUGUCAGAUAUUUUUCAGAUGUAUUUGACUAUGGAGAAAAGAUUCUGAAAGAAAUGACAGUCAUGGUUUUGUUCCCUUGUUUUUUAUUUUAAAGACUGAGAAAUUCAGAUACAUAAAGUUUGACAAUAUAAAAAUGCAUACAUAAUUUUUAUACUAAAUCUUUUUUUAAGGUCUUGACAUUUAAUAUAAAGUAAAUCCACACAUUUUUAACUUUCCAUAAGUUCUUAAAAGGGAAAGAAGAAAUCUCAAUUCUUAAAACUUUGAUUUUUAAAAAUCAUGACACUGUUUUACCAUGAAAUUGAGUAGCUAACUUUUGGUAACACCUUUCAUUUCUUUGUAUGUUUGUAAUAAUGGACAUUUUAAAACAAGAAUGUUUUGGUUUGUACAGACUUUGGCAAAUGUGUGUUAAUAAAAAUUCAUAUUGACUCAAGUGUAA